AUGUUGUCACAUUUACCAACUAUUUCUGUAUCCUUACAAAACCAUGAUUCUUCAUCCUCCACAAGAAUCGGAAGCACAAAAUCACCCAAAUCUCCAAAAUCUCCAUCAUCACCUCAUCACCCCUCUUCCGUUACUUCUCCUCUUCUCACAACAUCACCACUUAAUUCCAUAUUAUCGACAUGUAAAACUCUCUCUCCAACCACGACACCAUCAUCACCCAAAGAAUUGAAAAAUAAUUCGUCAUCAUUGCCAACUUCAUCUCCUAAAUUAUAUUUACAAAAUAUUUUAAAUUCCCAUCAUGAAGAGGAUGAAGAGGAGGAAGAAGAAGAAUCUUCAUGGAAUAUUCACAUCCGAGGAUUUUUACAUCGUUACAUUCCACAUCGAUCAUCUUUUCAUCGCGAUCAUCCUCACAACGAGGGUAGCGAACCUAAUGACACGCCGCCAUCUUGCUGUCAUCAUGAAUACAAUACAGAAAGUACAGAAAUAGCAACAAUUAAGGGAAUGGAUCAAACCAUUUUUCCAGUGUCAAGUAUACGGCGAGUCUUCGCUUUUGAAGAAUGUUCACUCUUAGUGGAUGAAAAUGAUCGAAUUUGUAUUUUUGGAAAUUUAGACGAUCGAUUUGAAUUUAAUUGUCACAAUUUAUCAAACAGAAGACGGAAUACUGAAAAGCCAUCUUCAUCUGUAACAUCACCACCUUCAUCUUACUCGACAACAAGUGUGACCACUGUCAAUCCAAGUAAUAAUCACUACACGGAACAGCAGCAGCAACAAACAAAAAGAAGGAAAAUGAUUUCAAUAUUUAACAAGAAAAACACAUCAAUGACCAUCACAGAUUCCGUAGAAACUCCUCCUUCCACAACAUCGACUCCAUCUACUUCAAGAUUUAAGCCGUCUGGAUCUUUAUUUGUAUCCAUGAGAGAAGACCUGAUUGACACGAGACCAAUGGCAAGAAAUAGCGGUCCUACUUUUCAAAUUUUCAAAAAGUGUUCACUUGGAAACACUUUGAAAAUUUCAUGUAUUGUACUCAAAUUUAAUUCAAUCAUGGAAACCAUUCAUGAAAUUGUACUAGGUUCCAAGAAACAUUUUUUCUUGUUGACAGAAAAUGGAAGAGUUUAUGCAAUGGGAGAAAAUGAGGAUGGAAGACUUGGACUUGGUGACGACAUUGAAUUUGUGGCAAGUGAGCCCAUGAUGGUCGAUUUAUAUAGUCACAAAAUUCGAAAAAUUGUUGCCAGUGAAUGUCACACCUUCUUUCUCACCUAUGACGGUGGAAUUUUUGCUUGUGGUAAAAAUUUGGGAUUUAAUGGCAUGUAUCUGGAUUUACCUGCGGCUAAUGUUUUUACACCACUUCGAUUGACACAACCUUCGAUCAGUGUUGACAAAAUGGUUGGAUUUGGGGAAUCGCUAUUGUUUUUAACUCAAGAAGAAAACGCCCUAUUUUCAUAUGGACUAAAUAUUGGAGGCAUGUUGGCAACUGGAAAUAAUUUAUCAAUCAUUGGAUGUCCAACACGAGCGUCGUACUUUUAUCAACAUAAUGAAAUUAUUGAUGAUGUGUUUGCAGUGAAUGGAAAUAGUAUAUUUGUCACACAGUCAAACAAGAUUUAUGUGUGUGGUAAGAGUGUGAGCACGGAAAAACCACUUUGUAUAUUCGAUAUUGGUUCUCUUGAAGUAUUAGAACAAUUUUCGAUUCGAAAAGUGGUCGACGGUGAUGGCUAUGGAAACAUUUUAUUAUUCCUAACGAAUGGACUCGAUUUAUACAGCUACUACUAUGAAUCGGCAUCAGAAAGACAUGUUUUUGAGAAGGUUUAUUUCAAUGUCACAGAUAUUUCUAGUUAUGGAAGAAACAUUGUCUUUAUUAGCAAUACCUUCUCACUCACAUACUGCGAUCUAACUGUAAAUAUUAACAGAGAAGCCAUGACCUUAAUGAAAAUAUUUAGCUCUGACGCUCUCUCUGACAACAAAAUCAUUGAAUGGACCAUUCGUGAAAAUGAUCUCUUUGACAAUGAGAAAGAUGCAGAGAGACCUUUGAAAUUAGUGGCCAAGUUUUGUAAUCAAUUUCAAAUCAACAGAAAAAAGAAGCAUCCAAGAAGAUAUGUCUCAUUUACAGAUUCUAUUGACUAUUUGGAUCAAUUCAUUGACACGAAAAAGAAUGAAACAAACGCCAAUUCCACUCUCAAGAAUAUUUGGCAUACCAUUGCUCUCUCCUUUAAUGAAUCUGAAAGUGCAAUUCUGAGAUAUCUCAUUGAACAAUUGAAGUUGGAACUACUACUCGAGAUAUUAGACGUACCUUUUUACUUGAGACAAAUUGAACGAGACAGUGACAUGCUGUCUUUUAUUAAGAAACAAAAAAAGUAUUCAUUAAUUGCCGACACGUACUUUACAUAUCACAAAGAAAAAGGAAACGAUCAUCAAUGGGACAAAAUAUUCUUUGAACAACAUGAAGAGGAUCUCCUGAAAUUGUUAACCAUUGCAUUCGAGUACAAGAUUCAAACAUUAUCAAGUGCCAUUUUCAAUUAUCUACGAUGGAAACUUCAAGCCAAUAGUCACACCUCUCCAAUAUCCAAAAUUGAAAAGUUAGAAUAUGCCUCAACGUUUAACCACUUGCAAAACAAUUUUAGUAUUUGGUUUUCGUUACAACGUAAGAAGAAUAUUGUUUUCAAAAAAAAGAAAACGAAACCAAUGGAUCACUUCUUGGCAACAGUAUUGAUGUUCAUUUGUCAAAAACUGAUGGAUUCUCUUCCACCACUCUCUGUGAAACAUACUGGAAAAACUUAUCGAAAUUUCCUCUCUCUGAAUAUGGAUCUUUCUCCCAUUCAAGUUGCAGAAUCACUUUCAAAGAUUAAGAGACUUAAAGAAGAUAUUACUGAACUGUUAAAUAAGAAGGGUCUCGUUCAAAAAGUAUCCAAGAAACGUCAUUUAGAAUUUCAAGAGAUUAUGAUUGAAUAUUGUAAGGGAAUUCGUUUCAACGAUCUUUUCAAUAGUUUAUGUGAACAAUCACAUGCCAUUCAUUUUCUCAUUCGAUAUUGUAUCUGUAAUUGUUUCACAGAAAAGCAAAAAUGGAUUAUUGAUGAAAACAAGACGACUUCUCAUAUUGCCAAUCGACGAGCAAAAAUUCAUUUACCAAAAGGAGAAGUUUUACUUCGUUCACAUCAUCAACAUGCAGAUAGUUUUGUAACAAGUGCUGCCACUCAUUUAAUGACUCUAGGAUUCAUGUUAGAUAAUAUUAAGGAAGAAUAUCAUGAAACGAAUCGUGAAUUGACGACAUUACAACCUUCGACGACAAAGACGUAUAAUUCAACCACUGAAGACUUUUAUGGAUUUCUUGAAGAAUUUUCCAAAGAUAGAAAAUUGCAAGAUGGAACCAAUAAUAUGACCAUAAUACCAACGAAACAACAAGAAGAAGAAGAAGAAGCAUCAUUGAAUGGAAAGCAUAGAAAUGUACAAGAUAGACUUGAACAAGAUACAAGGACUAUGAAAGAUUUUCCAACUGCUGUCAUGACACAAUCUUUAUUGUUGACAUCAUCAACGUACAAAGACGAAAGUGUUGUUCAUUCCUCUUCAACUAUGGAUACAACAAACAAUAGUUGCCAACAUGAUCAUUUUCAGGAAGAAUCAUUGUCCAAUAAUUCCCAUUCGUUGAGUCCAGAAUAUAUUUGUACAUCUUCAUCAUUGGAAUCUCCAAAUAAGAAUGUAUCCAUAGACAUUGCAACUAUACAGACACGUACCGACAGUAAUGAAACAAACGUGUCAACGUUGGAAAAGCCUCAAUCCUUGAUCAUGAUACCAUCCAACAACAACAACAACAAGACUUUUAAUCUUUCACCUGAAUAUUAUCAAGCUCUCGAAUAUGCACAAGAAUUAUUCUUUAUUCAAAAUAUGGCCAUCUUUAAAGUAAGACGAAUGGCCAAAGCCAAGUAUCCAACAUUGUCCAAUCAGGAAUUAUCCAAAAUGUACAUUGAAUUGGCAACUUCUCAUCUUGAAAAGAAGAAUUGA